AGGAAGCUGAGUUGUCGGUCACCUGCCUCCAGGUACUUUUGUGCGAGGAGGUACUGAACCUGCAGGUGGGCACCAUGGGGAGAACAUCAACUAAAGAUCAAAAAGAUAUUAAAAAGGAAAAGACAGGGAAGAGUUAUUCUUCAACAAGCCCCUCCCAGAACAGAGAAAGCUUCAGCUGGGAUGAAUACCUGAAGGAGACAGGCGCUACCCCAGCUCCCUCGCAUUGUUUUAAACAGUCUAGAAACCCACCUAGCAACGAUUUUAAAGUCGGUAUGAAACUAGAAGCACAUGACCCCCGCAACUUCACCUCCGUGUGCAUCGCCACCGUCAUGGGCAUCACGGGCGCCCGGCUGAGACUGCGGCUCGACGGCAGCGACAACAAGAAUGACUUCUGGAGGCUGGUGGACUCCUCCGACAUCCAGCCCAUAGGGACCUGUGAGAAGAACGGAGACAUGCUGCAGCCACCGCUCGGUUUUCGAAUGAAUGCCUCCUCAUGGCCAAUGUUUCUUUUGAGGACACUAAGUGGAGCAGAAAUGGCCCCUUCCACAGCUUUUAAAAAGGAACCUCCCAGGCCCCCGCAGAACAGUUUCAAGUCUGGGAUGAAGCUGGAAGCAGUGGACAGGAAGAACCCUUAUUUGAUUUGUCCAGCUACUAUAGGAGAAGUUAAAGGCGAUGAAAUAUUUAUCAUGUUCGACGGCUGGAGAGGGGCAUUUGACUACUGGUGCAAGUACGACUCGCGAGACAUCUUUCCAGUUGGGUGGUGUUUCUUGACCAAGCACAGCUUGCAGCCUCCUGGCACCAGUGUCACUCUUCCAAAGAGUGUCCCGACACCCAUUUCCACCUCUUCCAAAUCCACCAGACGGUCCAUGCAGUCGCUGCAGAAAGCCGCCCCCCUGCCACCCCUGCCCGUCAGGAAGGGAGUCCGGGGGCGACGGCCCAAAAGCCAAACCAUCGCCUUACUGAAAGCAGCAGCAGCAGCAGCCGCCGCAGCAGCAGUGGAACAGAAAAGCGCAGCAGCCAAAACUACCUCCAACACAGACGCUCCAAAACCCAAAAAGAAGGGCCCAAAGCCUGGGAGCAAGAGGAAGCCUAGAGUAGUCCAGAGCUCAAUCAUAAUUGCGGCUCCUGCAGCAGCUUUGGAAACUAAAUUUAACAGCACUCCGGUACCAAAGGACGGGCUCAAUCACCUCAAUACAAACCCAGCAGUCGUAUCCACAGUGUGUGUUUAUGUGAACAAACAUGGGAACUGCGGGCCACACCUGGACAGGAAGCAGGUCCAGCAGCUCUCAGAUCAUUUCGGGCCCGGUCCCGUCAACAUAGUGCUGCAGCAGGCCGUGCAGGCCUGUGUGGACUGUGCCUACCAGCCCAAAAUUGUCUUUAACUUCCUCAAGACGGGACAGCACGGCGGGGAGGUCAUAACAGCUUCGUUUGACGGCGGGAAGCACCAGGUCCAGCUGCCCUCUGUGAACAGUGCGUCAUUCGUAUUACGCUUCCUGGAGAUGCUGUGUCACAGCUUGCAGUGUGAGAACCUCUUCAGCAGUCAGCCCUUCAGUCCAUACCUGGGGGCCACGCACAGCCAUGCUGAGUUCGAGAGGAGCAAAUCAGUAAAAGAGGAGAUGUCCGAAACCUUAACAAUAAACAGGGGAACAAAACGUUUCUCCAAGGACUCGCCGCCCUACACUGCCGCACUCUCGCCAAAGCUCCUGAGGACAGAGGCUCACCCUUCAGAAGCAGAGACGUUGCCGCAUGAUGAGAGCGGGCUGCUGAAGGAGCAUCGCUUUUCUGAAGAGUCCAUGGACUCCGCCUCCAAUUCCAUGAAUCCUCGCUCUACGGCCCUGAGAAACCUGGCAGAGUACCGGCCCCAGGGCAGCUCUCCCUACUACCGUAGCUCACAUCUGCCUGUGGGCGCCGCCUCCAGCUCCGCCCCCACCCCGCCCCUCCGCAGGAUCUCCUCGAAUCCUGCGGGGGGCAGCGCCAACUAUCAUGAGGUCGGCAUCAGCCGCAUGCAGAGGAGAGUGGAAGCUGCUAGUUCCACAACAGGGCCUGAUCUUCAGCUGACUGACAGAGAGACCUCCAGAGUGCCCAACAAGAACCCCUCGGUCUGGUCUAUAGAUGAGGUGAUGCAGUUUGUGAAAGACGCAGACCCCCAGGCCCUGGCUCCACAUGCGGAGCUCUUCAGAAAACAUGAAAUCGAUGGGAAGGCUUUGAUGUUGCUGAGGAGCGAUAUGAUAAUGAAAUACAUGGGAUUGAAGUUGGGCCCAGCUCUCAAGCUCUGCUACCACAUUGAAAGGCUGAAACAAAGCAAGUACUAGCAGCUUAGUGCUGUGGUAUUUCCACAGAUGACUGCUCAUCCAGUUCUUCUAAACCAACAUAAAAAUCAAGCAGUGGUGGACUCAGCUUUACCAUUCUGAUCCUCCUUUCAAAAAAAACAAAAAACAGCGAAACAACGCUAGCGCUGUGUCACAAAGGGAUGCGUGUCAGUAAGCAAACACAACAAAACAAACAACAUACUGAACUCUGGCACUGUCUCUCGCUUAACUAUGAAGAACCUGUGUGAGCCAUUACUUAUAUCUGCACAAAAAAAGAAAAAAAAAAAGAUUUUCUUUUUCAUGUUAUAUCAGUAUCAGUUCAGCUGAAUCCCAAAGGAUAAUUCUGUCUUGUGUUUACAUUGCAGAAAUGUUUGAUUUAUGUGAUUCUUACAAGAGAAUUGAGUAUGACCCACAUGGAUGGAUCUUUUUACACAGACAGGAUUGUUUGCGUGAUUCUACCACACAUGGCAAGACAAUGACUAUUGACAUUUUGUUGUAUUUAAUGUUUUAAAAUGACUGGAGUUUUUUUUUUGUUUUUGUUUUAUUUGACAAAGAUGACAGGUCACAUUGUAUAAUACCUUAAAACUGCUUUUUCAUUUGGUUUAAAAAUAUUUCUGUGUUCUGUAGUUUGCAUAGUUAGCUAUGUACAAAAAACAAAUAUUAGAUACAAAAUUUGUAGUGUUUUAACAAGUCAGUAAUUUUACUGUAUUCAGAUGUAAAUACCAAACCUCUAAAUAGCUGAACAUAAUUUAAGGAAAGCAGAUAAAGGCUUGUUUAUGCAGCUGUUUUCACAAAAUAUCAAUAAUAAAAAAGUAUCAAUAAUAUGGUUCAAGCUGUUUGCAUUGCCAAACCCCCGUUAUCUGAGACAGUUUCCGUCUCUUAAUGCGCCAUCGAUUUACCCUCCUUAUGCAAAAACUAAGCCCUCUAUGCACUUUAUCCUGACAAGUCUCCCUUAUGUGCUUAUCUCUCUCCAGCCUCUAGCUUUCUUUGACCUGGUUUAAUCAGAAGGGCUGUCAUUGAAACAAAACAAUUAUGAACUGAAGGUUUGCAAUACAUAAACCCCAAGCUUGUUCCAGCUUUUUUAUUUAUUGAAACAGACCGUGUUAAACAACCGUAUGAAUAGGGCUUGUGUUUUUUUAAAUUUUAUUUUUUUACAUUUUGUUCUUAAAGAAAUACAUUUCAGGAUAUCAGAUUUGUUUUAAUGUCCAUCCAUAUACUGGUGCUACUUCUUUUUGUGUUUUAUCAUUUUUUAGUUUAUGCCCCACCCUCACUUUAAGCUGUGAUAGCUUUAAUAGUAUCCUUUUACUGUCUCAGCCUGUGACUAAAGAAAUUCCAGGUUCUGUUAUCAAGCCUGGUUUUUUGGUUUUUUUAUGGGUUCAAUCAUAAACUUCAGGGAGAAGAAUGUACAUUUUUUGUAGAAAAAAUAUUUCAAAGUAAUCCUUUAAUUGUAAGAAAAAAAUAAAAUGUUGUUCUAUAGAAUUGGAACAAGUCCUUUUAAAAAAAUGUGGUAAAGAUUUCUUACUGCCUUUUUCUACAGAGUUGCUUUUAGUUUAAAAAGUAAAAGUGAUUACUUAAAGCUAUAUGACAGAUUGCCUUGCUUAAUUUUAAUGUUCCUCAGGUUUAAGUAGAUCUUGAUUAGUAGAGAAGAAUUUGUAUUUGAUUUUUUGUUGGAACGUAAUCGGAUCUUCUAAAUUCAACUACAUUCUGUUGACCCGCCAGCUUCAUUGUGAAGAUUUUACUGUUUUAUUGUGCCAUAUGUUUUAUAUGCGUCAUUAUUAACUGCAGGUACUGGAAUAACUGUUGUAUUAUAGAUCUGCUACAGGCUUACAUUCUUGUCUAAAAAGAUUUGUCAAAAUAAUGACAAUAUUUUGUCUCCAGUUCACAUCAUGUAUUUUUAUAAAAAAAAUAAAAUAAAUGGUGGCUGUU